UAGCCAUCAACAAUCUCCUAGAAUCAUUUCAGUCCGGAUUCAGAUCAGGUCAUAGUACUGAAACUGCUCUAGUCCGGGUUACAAAUGAUCUUCUCAUUUCUGCUGAUAUGGGUGUCUGUAGCAUUUUAGUACUGUUUGACAUCACUGCAGCAUUUGACACAAUAUCUCAUGCUGUCCUUCUUGAAAGAUUGUCUGCAUGGCCAGGAGUUUCUGGUACUUUGUUUGAAUGAAUUACAUCUUAUCUCACAUAUCGAUUUCAGUUUGUGUCUUUGGGGUAAAACAAAUCUUUACCAACACUAGUCCAGCAGGGUGUCCCACAAGGGUCGGUGCUUGGUCCCAUCUUAUUCAACAUCUAUAUGCUGCCUCUGGGUGACAUAAUUUGUAAGUUUGGGUUAGGGCUUCAUUGUUAUGCUUACGAUACGCAGAUCUAUAUCAGCAUGCACCCUAAUCCAAAUCUUGCAGUCAUAGCCCUUAGCACCUGCUUGGAUGAGAUUAAAGCCUGGAUGCAUGACAAUUUUCUUAAGCUCAACCAGGCAAAAACAGAACUUCUUUUUGUUGGCAAGCCAACAUCUUUACUCAGGCUUAACAUUUCUGAGCUGAUUACUGUCAAUGACUUUAGUAAACUGUCUUCUCAAGUGCGCAAUCUUGGAGUUAUUUUCGACCCUGAACUUAUAUUUGAUGCUCAUAUUAAGGUGGUCUCAAAAACGGCAUUCUUCCAUCUUAGAAAUAUCGCUAGAUUACGACCAUCUCUACAGCUGCCAGAUGCAGAGAGGCUUAUUCAUUCCUUUAUUACGUCGAGGCUCGAUUAUUGCAAUGUGCUCUACUUUUGUAGCCUGGUCCAACCAGACUCCCAAGGUCUCCCAAAUCGGUCCAUCGAAAAAUUACAAUAUACACAAAAUUCAGCUGCCCCGUUUUUGACACAUACAACUACUUGUCAACAUAUUACUCCAGUACUCUUUGAUUUACAUUGGCUGCUGAUACAAGCACGUAUAGAAUUUAAAACAUUGGUUCUAACAUAUAAAGCUAAUUACGAAACGGCCCCUACUUACCUUUGCAGUUUGGUCACUGCUCUUACUCCAGCUCCCUCUCUGCACUCUUCCAGGUCAUGCAUCCUCCAGCAGCCUCGAUAUAAAAUAAAGUCUAUAGGUGGUAGAGCAGUCUCAUUCGCAGCACCACAUUUCUGGAAUGCUCUCUCUCUCUCUCUCUCUGUCUGUCUUUUAAUAAUGAAUUUAAAUAAAUGUGAUAAUUCAUUCAAAUAAAAGCAAUCCAAUGGCUCUACAUUAUUUAAAGUGGACGGAGUGCUAGAACUAACCUGCCGUAACUUAAGAAAAUAACGUCAUUUUACCUGUCACAUCAGUUACAGCUUUAAUUUGGCAAAUAACCGUGGUAAAAGUGGGAUAAUCCAUGGCUAGCCAUGCAUUAAAAUCCUUUAACUCAUGGCUAGCCGUGGAUUAUCUCUUACAUAACUUACUGAUACAUGUUGUUUCAGGUUGGAGCUUAAAUUUAUAUACACUGCACAUAGCAUGCAUUGCAUAAUGAAACAAUUUUUUUGACCUUUUGGAUUGAAAACAGAGCGAACUUGAGCCAACGCAUGAAAUUCUUGUCAUUUGCAGGGAAGCUUUGUCUCUUAAUUGACAAGUUAUCUCGUCAAUGGCGGGGAUAGAGUUAAAGGCACCUCUGAGAGUUUUUUCCCCAGGAUGGUGACAUGGGGGCGUGGCAGCAUCGACGAUCCAAUUUUUUAAUUCGAAGUUCGAGGUUGUGACUUAAAGGAAAACUUCAGACCAUUUAAAUUUGAAUAUAUUAUUAAAUUGGGUCACCUAUGUAGUAGAAGUGUGAAGUUAUUUUAGAAAUUGGUGCCCUCUAGGCCGAGAAAAGACAGAAAAUGUGUUUUUUGGCUUAUGUGGAUGAAAAACACCAAGUCCCAGAAUGCAUUGCUUCGCUGCUCUACGAGGCCACUCCCUGGUCGCGCCUACUGGUUCGAGACGGCAGGAGGGAGGGAGAUUCAACUAGAAUAAAUACAACUUUUACAGACACGUCUGCGAUGAUUUAGUUGAUAUAUUAUUAUAAAUACUACCUUUUCCACAUCGAAAUGAUGAUGAGUUGCGUUGUACCGGGAUGUUCAACCAAAACCGGGAAAAGGACAAGCAGUAAGUUUUCAUCGUUUGCUGCGGUGUAAACAAUGGCUGCGGGCUAUCAACCACGCAAAGUGUUGAGAAGACAACGAUGCGGUAAAAUAAAAAAACAGAGUGUUUGCAGUCUCCAUUUCAAGCAUGAAGACAUCGAACCCAAUGUACUCGGAAUGAAGCGAAACACGCGAAAGGACACUGCAAUUCCGUUCAUGUUUACCUUCACAGACACGACGAACAGCCGGAGCCAUCUGGUAUCAAACGCAUUCGUCUACGUUUGAGGUAAGACUCUUGCUAAUACUCGUUUCUGAUCACACAGUAGCCUUUACAUAGUGAUACAGUUGUUAGCAAAGUAACGCUAGAUAGAUAAUGACACAUAAGUUGGCUGUUCUCAAAAUAAAACAACUGUUAGCUACCGAGCUACUUCUGGAGUUGCGUAAGCACGAUAGCCUGUUACUGUAAAGUUAUUCGAUGGUUGAGAUAACUGCAGAUACAUUUGCCAGAUGUACAUGAUUAAUUAAAUAAUAUUUAUGUAUGCUACACGUAAAUAACAUUGCAUUUUAUCUGUAAAACUGUAAAAUAUAGUAAUAUGCAAUUUAUCAUUGCAUAUUACUGUAUUGCAUAUCAUUUUUAUAGCUUUAGUUACUUUGCAUAUUCAUAUUCAGACUUUAUUGAUCCGGUGGUGAAAUUCAAAAACUACCUGCAAAGUCAAACUUCUGCUGUUAUUUUGGUGAAAGAAAUGCAAAAGUAUUGUUCUGCAUUUACUCACAGGUUUCCAGAAAAAGAUGCAGAAGAAGGGGGAAAAAGAACAAUGAAAUCCUCCUUGCAUGGACCAGGUCUGUCCUAAAUCAUAUGUGGUUUUUCUGUGCAACCAGUAAGGGGGACGUUGAGGUACUGAAAUUCCCGUACACACAAUGUGUGUAAUGAGCAUGAGUGUACAGAUGAUGACGGAGGACAUCCUGUGGUAUUUCAAGACCUGUCAUCGCUGGUCCUUGAUAAAAGGCUUCCGAGAGACAUGGAAAAGAUGGCCCUGUUCAAACAUACUGGGCCGCUGGAAGUCUUUCACAGCGCACUUUUGAAAUACCUCCCCAAUGUUAGUUCCUGCACUACAAUGGAGAAGCACGGUUCAACCAAAUGUUCUGCAAGAGAUCCAGCAGUGGGUCUUGAAGAAAAGCUUCAUACCACACAGUUUGUAGACGAACUCAUCCAGAAGGCCAUUGACAAAAGACUCAAUCCAAACAUUGUGUUCAACGUGCCAACCUCCCCACUGCCACCCAACAUUGCACCAGUGCCUAAACCAUCAAAGGAGGCUGCCACGACUUCUUUCAAAAGUCACUUCUGAGACUGACACUUUCUAAUAAUAAUAAUAAUAAUAACAAUCACCUCUUCCCUGAGUUCUAUUGCUGUGUAUAAUCAGAUUCUGCCACCACUCUUUAUAUUUAUAUUAUUAUAUACUGUGUGUAUAUACACACAUAAUUAUUAUUAUGUUUUGCUUUGUUUUUAUUUUGUGCAGGACAUUUUUAGAUGUAAAUUAUGUCCUUGUUUAUUUUAAUGUGUUCUUUUCACUGGUGGCACAAUAUUUUUCCUUUUUGAAUAAUAAAAAAUACAUUUCUUCAUCUAACCCUGUCUUUUGUACACCAAAGUUAUACAUUAUAGACUUGUGGAGGCGCAAUGAUUACUGUUACUGUGAUUUAGCUGUCAUUACUUACUUUACAAAAUCAUUUGGGUUAAAAAUAAAGCCAAAUAUUAUGUG